AUGGCAGAUUAUGAGUGUAGAGCAACGAGUGGGGCGUAUAUCCGGUUCUCCAACUUGAAAGAGCUUUAUGAGAACCACUUGGUGCAACAACAGAGUCCGAGGAGGAGGGUGACGGGCUUUUUGUUGAGCACUACACUCUUUAUGGACAAAAGUGCAACCUACAUCGACAUGACUUAUCUUUGGUACUUUAUUGAUCCAACUAUAGUUCAUGAGUGGAACUGGGGGGCCGCCAUUCUGAGCUGGAUCAUCUAUUAUUUCCACCACAUCCACGACUACGAUGUUGAUCCCGCUUACAUUGAUGCCAUGUCCAGUACUGCACGAUAUGUCCUUCAGAGAGGGGAUCAGAAAGUGGGGCCAUAUCGUGUAUACCUUGAUCGUAUUGCUCACGAUGACAUCCAGUGGACGCCCUUAACUAAUUACGAUGAUGUUGUCCCAUUCGACCGCAUCACAUUAUAUUAUGGAUGGUUGGCAUGCGGGACCGACACCAUAGUCAGGCCAGCACAUGAGGAGAUAUUGGGGAACCAGCAGACCGAGGAUGACCAUGCCACUGAUCUCCUACCGAUAUGCCAGCGGAUACAUAUGAUUGGGCAGGAUGCAUUAAACAGAGGUAUCAUUGAGCAAGACAGUCCAGAGGCAGUUGCCGUUGUGGAGAGGAUGGCCAGUGACGCGGCCGGUGCGGCGGCGUAUAGGAGGCAGAGGAGGUCCCAGGGAGUUAGGAUUAGGCAGUAG